GUGUUGAAUUUCUUCACAGUCUGUCUUCUCGCCGUCGCUGUGGCCGUCGUGUAGUUGCCGUCGUCGUUCGUUGUCGAUUGAUUUUUGGGCAAUAGAAAAUUGUAAGUGAAAAGUUUCCAACGCAAUUGCAAAUUCUUUGCACCAUCGAAUCGCACAAAUUUUCGGCUAGUUUUGCAAAAUUCCGUUGCAGUUAAAGUGAGGUUUCGCAGCUCCGCAUAAAAGAAACACAAAAAAAAUAAAUCAUCAAGAUGUCCGAGUAUUGGCUUAUUUCAGCCCCUGGCGACAAAACCUGCCAACAAACGUUCGACACCAUGAACAAUCUCACCAGCAAACAAAAUAAUCUAUGCAACAACUAUAAGUUUCAUAUACCCGACUUGAAGGUCGGUACACUCGAUCAAUUGGUCGGUCUCUCCGAUGAUUUGGGUAAACUGGAUACUUAUGUGGAGCAAAUUACACGCAAAGUUGCCGCCUAUUUGGGUGAGGUGCUCGAGGAUCAACGCGAUAAGUUGCACGAAAAUCUACUCGCCAACAACACCGAUCUUUCCGUGUACAUUACCCGCUUUCAAUGGGAUAUGGCCAAGUACCCGAUUAAGCAGUCGUUGCGCAAUAUUGCCGAUAUUAUUUCGAAACAAAUUGGGCAAAUCGAUGCGGAUCUGAAGACUAAGUCAACGGCUUAUAACAGUCUUAAGGGUAACUUGCAAAAUCUGGAGAAGAAGCAAACCGGAAGUUUGCUGACCCGUAAUUUGGCCGAUUUGGUCAAGAAGGAACAUUUCAUUCUCGAUUCCGAGUAUUUGACCACAUUGUUGGUGAUUGUGCCAAAAAUCCUAGCUAACGAUUGGUUAGCCAACUACGAGAAGAUCACCGACAUGAUCGUGCCACGUUCCUCGCAUAUGAUCACACAAGACAAUGAUUAUUGCUUGUUCAAUGUGACACUCUUCAAGAAGGUCGUUGAAGAAUUCAAACUGCAUUCGCGUGAACGUAAAUUCAUUGUACGUGACUUCGUCUACAAUGAGGAGGAGUUAGCAGCUGGCAAGAAUGAGAUGACCAAGCUCAUUACCGAUAAGAAGAAGCAAUUUGGCCCAUUGGUCAGAUGGUUGAAGGUGAACUUCAGCGAAGCUUUCUGCGCUGUGGUGCAUGUGAAAGCGCUGCGCGUCUUUGUAGAAUCCGUUUUGAGAUACGGUCUACCCGUCAAUUUCCAAGCCAUCCUUAUCGAACCCAACAAGAAGAGCGUGAAACGCCUACGUGAAUGCCUUAAUCAACUGUAUGGACAUUUGGAUGGUGCUUCUGCUGGUGGUCAGAGCAAUGCCAGCAUUGAUAAUGUUGACAUCCCCGGCUUGGGCUUUGGCCAAUCGGAAUACUUUCCUUAUGUGUUUUACAAACUGAACAUCGAUAUGGUGGAAACAGCAAAAAUCUAAAGUUCUUUUUGAGUUGAACGCUCAACAAAUCCAAUUUAGCCUAAUCACAAAUGAAAUGAAGAGAAAUACCUUUACAAAUACGUUUACAAAGCAUGCGAGAAGAAGCAGCAGCAACAACAAACUAUAAUUAUCCUACAAGUGAAACAAAAAGCAAACGCUAAAAAAAAGUUUAUAUAAAUCUUUAAAAUAGUAUAAAGUAAAUUACUAAACCAUAUGUAUGUAUGUUGUCAGUUCCACGUUCUUUGUUCGGUGUAAUUGCGCGGCAUAAACGAACAGCGGUUGAUAAAGAGAGGAGCGUUAGUUAAAACACGCUGUGUAAGCGCUCUGGUCAUACCAUGUUAAAAAAAAAAAAACAAAAAGUAUAAAAGCAAUGCUUUACAUACAUAUAUACAUAUAUAUAUAUAUAUUUAUAUAUAUAUGUGUAUAUAUUAUAUAUAUGUAUGUAUAAAUAUUUCGCGUCUUCUACGAAAUUUUGUAGUUAUUUCUCUAUGUUGUUAAAAAUUUUAUUAUUUUCUUUUACAUAUAUACAUAUUUGUUUUAACAUUGUUUGGCGAAAAAAAAAUUAUUUACACACACACACACACAUGCAUACAUACAUACAAACACACUAAAUUUCGCCAACUUGUAUUUGCGUGCGCAUUGCUGUUGUUAAAAGCAAAAAAAAAAACAAAUUUCGCCAACAAAUUUUAAUGCCGAGUUUUUGGGCUGCAGUGGUUUAAAAGUGUAAUUAAUUAUAGAGUAUAUAUAUACUAUAGUAGGUUUCUUCGUUUCGUUAUUCAACUUUUUGUGUUUUUGGUAUAUUAAGCCAAUUUGACAGUAUUUUCUAUUAUCCUUUAACCAUCUGUCGUUGUGUUGUUAGUUAAAAUGACUCUUUUUCUGCAUGCAUGCUUCGCCAACAACAGUGGGGUAAAUUUUUUGUUUUCCAACUCUAAAUUUUAUUGUUAAACUAUUAGCUAUUUAGCGCAAAUUAUUGCCGUUUUGCUUUCAUCUACAAUAAAUAUACAUAUUAGACACAAAUUGUUUUUUUUCUAUGCGCAAUUUUUUCAUUUUAGUUUUUGAGGUUAACACCGUAAGCAUUCAAGCAAUUAUACAGCUAUUGUACUUUUAUAUACAUACAUAUACAACACACACAUAUACAUACAAGGCGAAUUAAGCUGACGUUGAUUUAUCGUUUAAUUGCGCAAAAGUGUUCUUAUUUUUUACGCCACAAUCACGAAGCGCUGGUGUACAUAGCGUCAGCAGCAUAUAAAUGAGAACAACUUUUAAAUAAUUACAAUAAAACGGCAACAACAACAUUUAUUAUUAUUAUUAUUAUUAUUAGUUAAUAACUGUAUAAAUCAACGCCGUACUAUUUGCAUUAGCAAUGCUAAUAUCUAGUAUAAACGUACUAAGUACUAGCAUUGUGUGCUAUGUAAAGUGAAAUGUAUAUUUACUAAUAUAUGUAUGUUUAUUGUUGUUGUUGUUGUUCAAAGCAGAAGAAACUAGCCUACAUAUAUACUGUUGCAUGUUUUUUUGAUUAAUAAUCAUACAUGUACAACUGGCGCCAUAUUGCUUGUGUGUUAAACUUAAAAAAUUUUAAUAAAGCCAAGAAAUAUUAUAAAUAAUAUGCGCAUAAAAGGGCAUAAGGGAGGGAGCUGCGCGGUUGUGAAGUUAAGCUAACAAAAUUGUAUUCAGUAAAAAGAGGAAAUUUAAUUUCAUCAAUGAAACAACCGCUUGCACUUCCCUUACACAAAUUACAACAAAAAAGAAACUAUGUGUCCUUUUUUGAAACCCCCCGCAACAUUGUUGAGAAAGAGAACGUACAAUAAUAUUUGUAAACUCUAAACUUAAAAAAGUAAAAUAAUUAUAUAUAUACAUAUAUAUUAUUGUUAUAUAAAUGAAAUGAAUAAUUCAAAUUUUAUUGCAUAUUAAUGAAAAGGUACACAUCAAAUUACAUAAGCUUACAGAAUUAUACACACACACACCCUCUCAAAGCCACAGAAACACUCUCACACAUACACCUUGAAACACAAGACACACACACAACUAAUUUGCAACAGAAAAACAAGUGAAAACAAAACCAAACCAAACUCUAUGUAAAUGUACAUUACGAGUAUUUAAGCAGUCAGUAUGAAAAGAUAAGUAAGUUUGAUGAAGCGUAAAAGAGUAACGAGCUAACGCCAUCCUUGUAAAUAAUUAUACGAAAAAAAGACAUUCCAA